AUGGGCAGCGGGAGCAGCCGGAGCGGCCGAGCCCUGCGGCAGCGGCGCGGCCCCGACGGCCCCCCGGCGAGUCCCCGCCACCCCGCCGCCCCGGCGGGCGGGCCCGGGUCGCGGGGGCCCCCGGGGACGGACCCGGCCGUGGGGGCCGCGGAGCCCGCCGGGGACUGCGACCCCGCGGCGUCCCCCGACGGCCGGGCGGAGACCCUGCGCCUGCUGGACCAGCUGCUGGCCGAGUCCGAGGCCUGGGGCCCCCCGGAGCCCGGCCCGCGCCGCCCGGCCCGCGAGCGCCCCGCGGGGGCUCCGGAGCAGAAGGCUGACGAUCACCCGGUAGGCGGCAGAGCCUCUGAAGCCCCGGGGGGCAGCCACAAGAGACCCGAGGGGCCGUCGGCCAUCUCCUACGACUACGCGGAGGAGGAGCUGAUGGCCAGCAUCGAGCGGGAGUGCGGCCGCUGAGCACGCGGCGGGCCUGUGGUCUCCGGACAAGGGGGGGCGGUUCUCCCUCACUCCCCCCCCCUCCCCGCCCGCCGCCUUCAGCGUGGAGCGGCGCCCAGAUCCGCCCGAGGGACCUGUCCAGCCAGGCCCCCCGUCCUGCGCGUGCGCGGCACAGGGCCUGCCAGCCCGGGGCUGGUUCCGCAGCAGGAGGGCCGCGUGCACUGUGGCACAGAGGCGGCCCCCCUCCUCGUUCUGGGGGGUCCGGGGUGCUCCCCCUUUCUUCUUACCUGCUCCCCAGGUGGGCCAGGGCCUCACGGAACCCCUCUGGGCCUCUGUCCUAAAGCCUCUGCUGUAGCCUGCACGGAGAGGGGGUGCCGGCUUCCCAGAGCUAGCCUCGCGCACCCCAGUUCUCAAGGAAGAUGCCGGGUGAGGAGGGGGGCCGGGCCGCUCCUGCGUGUCCACGGGCUUGGGCAGGAGCUGCAGAGCGGUCACUUGGCCUUUCCGGGCCUCCGUGUCCCUCCUUGGGAGAGAGAGGAGUCCUGGGGCCCCUUGGGCCACCCCAGCUCUGACAUGUUGGAAUGACCAUUCCCAGUGGCCCCUGCGGCUUGUCUGCCCCGAGGA